AUGCCAGAGGCGUGCGUUAUUGUGGAAAGCAACAAGUCUAGGCCAUAUGAGGCCAUAUAUGAAAUGAUUAGAGAUGUUGGCAAUGGUUCAAGUUCAUAUGUUGCUGCUUGCAUUGAGCGAGGAACCAAAUAUUUGUUCGCAACAAAGGUGCUCCAGAAAAAAAAACCAGGUGUUCAGGAUCCUCGUAGUGUCGCUGUACUGCUGAAACUUCAACACCCAAAUAUAACGCGGUUGCGCGAGGUUUUUGAGACGAGUACUUUUUUAUAUCUUGUUUACGAAUUUGUUGAAGGAGAACAGCUCUUUCACAGGCUUUCGGAAUUGAAGAACUACACGGAGAUGACGAUUGCUGGGUACUUCCGUCAGAUUGUCGAGGGUUUGCGGUACUUGCAUGAAUAUGGAAUUAUCCACAAAAAUUUGAAACCGGAAAAUCUUGUCCUCAGUUCUCGUGACGAGAACGCAGUCGUAAAAAUAACUGACGCCGCACUGCACAAUUUUAUGAUUGAAGAUAUGGACAUCGAAGUAUUGUGUUGCAAUACAAUUUUCUGUGCCCCUGAGCUGCUGACAAGUCGAAUAUUUGACAAGACGUUCGACCUUUGGGCAUUGGGAAUCAUCCUACAUAUUAUGUUAUGCGGGUCCGACCCGUAUUUUCCAAAAACAGACAGCGAACUCUAUCGGGCCAUCUUGAAUGGGGAAUUGUUGUUUGAUAAUGAAGCUUGGGAAAAAGUGAGCUGGAAUGGACGAGACGUGGUCAGGGGGUUGUUGGUGGUUGAUCCGCCCCAGCGAUUGAAUACAGUCCAGGUGCUCGAACAUCCGUGGGUAUCAGGAAGAUACACCCCAUCUGAACCACAUCUGCAGUUGUCACAAAGCCAACUGAUACAGUUCGUUGAACGUCGAAAAGAAUGGGAAGCAGACAACGGAAGACGUCUGUUACACUCUUUAGAAGCACUGCCAGGGUCAGAUCUACAGUUAUGCGGGUCCGACCCGUAUUUUCCAAAAACAGACAGCGAACUCUAUCGGGCCAUCUUGAAUGGGGAAUUGUUGUUUGAUAAUGAAGCUUGGGAAAAAGUGAGCUGGAAUGGACGAGACGUGGUCAGGGGGUUGUUGGUGGUUGAUCCGCCCCAGCGAUUGAAUACAGUCCAGGUGCUCGAACAUCCGUGGGUAUCAGGAAGAUACACCCCAUCUGAACCACAUCUGCAGUUGUCACAAAGCCAACUGAUACAGUUCGUUGAACGUCGAAAAGAAUGGGUAAGCUUUGUCCGCCAGUGGAUACGUAUCUGUUUUACACAAUGCUGCUGGUUGUUGACAAAUCCCAACGGCAAAGUCAUCCGCUUACUAUGUUUCAUUGAGGCUCCAUCGCUAAAUUUCUCUACUUGA